UUGUAGCAGUAGCACGGACUCCGGAGUAAGUAGGAGUAUAAUUUUCCAAUCCUUAGGGGUACAGCGAUUAUUUGGUUAAAAUAAAACAAAAGGGGGUCUGUGGUAUGUCAUAAUAAAUUGGAGGGGUCCAAACCAAUACCAUCGCAAUUCGCAACCUUUAACUCUUUCUGGCCCCACGCUCCGUCAGCGGUGGCGGGCGGAAUCACUGGAAAUGAAAGGAGUAGGAGGAGGAGGAGGAGAUGGACCAGAAGCAGCCUCCGCGGCAGCAGAAUGCGGACAUCAGCCCCUCACUCCCAACGACGUCAAAGACCUCCUUCAUUCCGUCGAUGCUUUUCUCUUCGACUGUGACGGUGUGAUUUGGAGAGGUGAUGUUCUGAUUGAUGGUGUUCGUGACACUCUUGAUAUGCUCCGCUCUAUGGGGAAGAAGCUGGUCUUUGUGACGAACAAUUCCACAAAAUCAAGAAGGCAAUACGCCAAGAAGUUCCAUUCCCUAGGAAUCACUGUUACUGAGGACGAGAUAUUCUCCUCCUCCUUUGCUGCUGCUAUGUUCUUGAAAGUUAAUGACUUCCCUAAAGAAAAGAAGGUGUAUGUAAUAGGUGGGGAAGGCAUACUGGAUGAACUGGAGCUUGCUGGUUUUGUGGGUCUUGGUGGCCCAGAAGAUGGGAAAAAGACGGUGGAAUUGGAGGCAAACUGUCUUUUUGAACAUGAUAAGAGUGUUGGAGCUGUUGUGGUUGGACUCGACCCAUAUGUAAACUACUACAAACUACAGUAUGGAACUCUCUGCAUACGUGAGAACCCAGGGUGCCUUUUUAUAGCUACAAACCGUGAUGCUGUGGGACAUAUGACUGAUUUGCAAGAAUGGCCUGGUGCAGGAUGUAUGGUUGCAGCCAUUUGUGGUUCCACUCAAAGAGAACCCAUUGUGGUUGGGAAGCCAUCGACCUUUAUGAUGAAGUUUUUACUUAAAAAGUUCAACAUCAGCACUUCAAGAAUGUGUAUGGUUGGUGACAGACUCGACACUGAUAUCUUGUUUGGACAGAAUGCUGGAUGCAGAACUCUGCUUGUACUUUCAGGUGUGACAAAUCUAUCGACUCUUGAAGAUUCCUCAAAUCACAUCCGACCGGAUUAUUACACGAGCAAGCUGUCUGACAUUAAGAAAUUAGUUCUGGAGUAGUUGGGGAGCAUUGUGCUUUCCAUCAUCUGUGCAUUAAGAAAUUAGUUGAUUAAACAAGCAUUCAUUUCUGAAAAAAAAGCAACUAAUUGAAUCAGAAUGGCUUUGACAUGUGGGAUUCGUUCCUUGUCUGAUUGAUAUACAAUCCGAUCUUCACAGCUGUGCUGCAUUUGUCA